UCUAAAUGUGCAUAACUGCCUUUCCUUGGUAAAUUAUUAAGUAUUUGGGCAAAGUUUGCUAGAGAUUUAUGGUUUUGAGGGAAGCUAUGAGAAAUACGCAAUUGUAUCAUAUUCACCUUAGGAGAAAAACAGCUUUCGGCAUUGCUACUAUUCUUUGUGCCUGGCAGUUGAAGAAAAAAGUUGUGGGUUUUUUGUUAUUAUUUGAGCAUUUGGUGCUUCCUGUCCUUUCUUCCUACAUCAAGUUGCAGACUUUUUCUAAGAAAAUCUAAGGAACCUGUUCACUGCUUGUCACAUCAAAAUGGAUUACUCCAAAUUCCUGUCCGAAGUAAGUGCAGCAAGGAAACCAAAUGUUGCAAGACUUUCAAAUGAACUGGAAAAGAAGAUGUCAGCGUCUACCGUAAUCAUGUUUACUGCGGGUAUGCCAAACCCUAACUAUUUCCCAAUGAAAACAGCAAGCAUAACCCUCAAUGAUGGAACCACCAUUGAAAUUGGAGAACAAUUGAUGAAGAGAGCUCUUCAGUACAGUGCUACAGAUGGAAUUCACGACUUAUUGUCUUGGUUCAGAGACUUGCAGAUGAAGCUCCACAACCCACCAACAGCGACGUAUGCGCCUGAGAAAGGACAAAUGAAGAUAUGCGUCACUUCAGGCAGCCAGGAUGGCCUUACCAAAGCUUUUGAUAUGCUCAUCAACCCAGGUGACAGCGUCCUUGUAGAGGAGCCAAACUUCCCUGGGACAAUGUUAGCACUAAAAGCCUUGAGAUGUAACAUCAUCAAAGUCCCAAAUGAUGCACAUGGAAUCAUUCCCAAAGGCUUGAAAGAGAUUCUUUCCAGGUGGAAAUCAGACAAUGCGCAUAAGCUCACGGACAAGCCCCCUAAGUUCCUGUACACUGUUCCUAAUGGUGCCAAUCCUUCUGGGAGCUCCCUGACAGCUGAACGCAAAAAAGAGAUUUACCAGCUUGCCCAAGAAUACAACUUUCUUAUAAUAGAAGAUGAUCCGUACUAUUUCAUCCAGUUUCAGAAGACUAAAGCGCCAUCAUUUCUUUCAAUGGAUGUUGACGGUCGAGUCAUCAGAGGUGAUUCUUUCUCUAAAAUUAUCUCUUCCGGCUUGAGAAUAGGCUUUAUAACAGCACCUGCACCUCUUAUAGACAGGAUUGUUCUACAUACUCAGGCCUCAACAAUGCAACCCAACACUUUUGCACAGGUCGUCGUAUUGCAACUUCUUAAGAAGUGGGGGCAAAAGGGUUUUUUGGAUAAUGUAGACCGAGUGGCAGAGUUCUACAAAAAACAGCGCGACGCAAUGCUUGCUGCAGCAGACAAAUGGCUGACAGGUUUAGCAGAGUGGCAUGCUCCUAAUUCUGGACUAUUUUUGUGGAUUAAAAUUAAGGGGGUUUCAGAUACAUUCCAGGUGGUCAUGGAAAAAGCACUGGAGAAAGGGGUGUCUUUACUUCCUGGGAAACCUUAUAUGAUUGAUCCCUCAGAACCAUCCCCUCAUGUCAGAGUGUCCUACUCUUUCGCUACUCCAGAUGAAAUGGACCGGGGUUUCCAGAUACUGGCUGAACUUAUAAAGGAAGAAACUGCGUGAUACUUAUGGCGAACUAGCUUUUACCAAAAUCUUCACUGGCUAAUAUUCAAAAAACUGUGCCUCUAAUUUCACAGAGCGAGCUGUUAAAUAAAUCACUGAUUAUACAGCAGUGUUUCACUACUUUAAAUAUGUAUUUUUUGCUUUUGUCAAAAGCAAGCACACAAGCAUUACUGUGGCCUAUAAUUUCUUACAGUCAAUAUUAUUUGGUGGUUACUUAAGGUGAAAUUUCAAGCUCCUUUUUAGAGCAUUAUUCCAACACUGCUUAAUGUAUUCUCAAUAAUCUAACAAAACCCACAUCUUGAAAUAGCAGCAUUAUCUAUUUCCAGACUCAGCGCCAGGGCUUGUCACCGUGGGGCAGAUGCCAAUGAACCAAGCCCUCAGAAGGACUCCUUGCUGAAACUAUACAAAAUGUUAGCUACAGCUCCCACAAGCCUGGUGGUUCUCUCAGCACAGAGCAAAGGAAAACCAGCAGCAGCCCCGAGCUGGAGCAGGCCCAAGUGUCUCCUCUUGGUCCCUGACAUAGAUUUGCUCCAGGGGCACUGUAAAGGAAUUUAAAAGGCAAUUGCCAAUGGCAGUGAUUGCCAGCCCCACCUUUUUGCUGCUGUACCUGACUAACCUGGAGCCAGCUUUGCCUUCUUUCAUCCAGGGAAAGGGAGAGCUAAAAUGUGGAUUAUCCAAAGCAACAUGCACAAGCUUACAUAGUCAUUGGAGAAGUUUAUUUUUACCUCAAACCUGGGCAGUCUAGCAUCCCUAGAAAAAUUAUAAACCUUUGUGUUGACUCCCUCUAGUGGUCUCUCUCCUAAACGUAAUAGCCACUAGAUUCUAUGCAUGACACCACAAUUCCCAAGGUCAUUUUCCCUCUUCAUGGGGAACUCUGCAAAUUGUAGCUCUGUGGGGGAAAUAAGGGUUGUCUAGCAACUCUAAGAACCAGUAACAAGCUACAGGUCCUAGUCCCCUGUUUUUGUCUCUUCCUCUCCUUUUUGUCCAAUACUAGUGUCCGCUGACGUGGGUGGUGCUGUGGUCUAAACCACAGAGCCUAGGGCUUGCCGAUCAGAAAGUUGGCGGUUCGAAUCCCCGUGGCGGGGUGAGCUCCUGUUGUUCGGUCCCUGCUCCUGCCAACCUAGCAGUUCAAAAGCAUGUCAAGUCCAAGCAGAUAAAUAGGUACCACUCCGGCAGGAAGGUAAACGGUGUUUCCAUGCGCUGCUCUGGUUCGCCAGAAGCGGCUUGGUCACGCUAGCCACAUGACCCGGAAGCUGUAUGCCGGCUGCCUCGGCCAGUAAACCAAGAUGAGCGCCGCAACCACAGAGGUCCGCAACUGGACCUAACAGUCAGGGGUCCCUUUACCUUUACCUAGUGUCCGCUGAUAUCUCUCAUGAUUUUUCUCCUAUGGUCAGCAUAGAAGGUGGAUGCCUUUGCAGAUGUGUACAACUACUAAAGAGACUGAGAUAGCUUCCUCAAGAUUAGACUUCCACCCAGGGUGUGCGAGGACGAUGGAGAACUUGGCUGGGAACUUGAUAGGACUUUGUGAGCACCAUGGAACCUAUGGACACCAUGUUGAUGGAUCAGGGCCCUGGCUGGGUAUGAGAUAGCAUCCUACAUACUGGAUGCAGGAUUCCAGGCUGAAUCCUUGGCAUUGCCAGUUGAAAGGAUCAUAUACAGAGGAUCAUGUUGUAAACUAAUGUAGGGGACACUUUCCAGAGCAAGGAAAAUGCAUUUCCUCGUAGAAAACGUUCCAGGGCUUGUGUGCCAGUGUGGAGCAGGGCCAAAGGCGUAGGGAGAAGUGGAGCAAUGGCUGUCACUCUUUAUAUCAUGGGUUCCAUUUCAGCUGUGCAAAAG